AUAGAAAUUUUUAGUUAUGUCAACUGAUGUGACCAACGUCACACUCAAAUUUAUAUCAUGAAUGAAAAGACUUACCGUUAAGAAUAUUACAAUCAAUGGCUCACGAAUCAUCGGUCACCUUACACGUACACGAAGAAAGCGAAUCCUCCGAGUGGUCCUCUAGCGAAGAAAAAGUGCAAAAUCCAUCCGAGGAUGCUAAGCCGGACUCAUCACUGUCCCUAAAAGAAAAAAAAGUUAUUGGAAUAAAGAAGAAGGGGAAAAAGAAACGCACUGUAACGGUUUGCCUAACGCAUUGCAGAUAUGAUGUCAUCAGAAGAGUCGCUCAGAAAUUCGCCUAUCGUGAGGUGUCUGAAGGUGAAAAUUGGAAUAUGUACUGGACGGACCUAUCAAUAACAGUCGAUAAAUGUAAAGAAAUGAAGAGGUUCCAGAAGAUCAAUCACUUUCCCGGCAUGCUAGAAAUUUGUAGGAAGGAUCUUCUCGCUCGCAAUCUAAACAGAAUGCUUCGACUCUUUCCUAGAGAUUAUAAUUUUUUUCCCAAGACCUGGUGUUUUCCCGCCGAUCUCGGGGAAGCCAUAACCUACAGUAGGGUUAGAAAAAACAAAACGUUUAUAUUGAAACCUGAUGCAGGUAGUCAAGGUCGAGGCAUAGUUAUUACAAAAUCCUUAAAGGACAUCCGACCCUGUGACAGAGGCAUUUGUCAAGUUUACUUAAACAAACCGUUCCUUAUAGACGGAUAUAAAUUUGAUCUUAGAGUAUAUACACUGAUAACAUCCUGCGAUCCAUUAAGGGUUUAUAUUUACAACGAAGGAUUAGUGAGAUUUGCUACUAGUAGAUACAAGGAACCUAACGGGAUUAAUAUUACGAAUGUAUUUAUGCAUUUAACCAACUACGCGGUUAACAAACACAGCAGGACUUACAAUCAAGAUCAAGAGGCUGGCAGUAAGCGAAAAUUGUCUUGGCUGAACAACUAUUUGAGUACUCUGCAUCAUGACGUCGAAGCGAUUUGGUACAGGAUCGACGAUGUGAUCAUAAAAACCAUCAUAAGCGCCUACCCGGUACUAAAACACAGCUACGCUGCCUGUUUUCCAAAUCAUGAUGUACUACCUGCUUGUUGCGAACUAUUAGGCAUCGACAUUCUCUUGGACAAGCGGCUAAAUCCGCAAAUUUUAGAAGUUAACCAUUCGCCCAGCUUUCAUACAGAUACCGAGUUAGAUGUAGAAGUGAAAGAUGCUCUGUUGACUGACAUGUUUGCUAUGAUGAAUUUAGAACUUUGCGAUAAACGUAAAGUAAUGCGAGAGGAUCGAAAGAGAGUCAGAGAAAGGCUGCUGAGCGGUGUUACAAAUAAAGACAGUCAUUUAUCAGGUGACUUGAAAAAUUUUAAUGAAUACUUCAAAGCCGAAAUGGCGAAUCGAGGGGGCUUCAGAUUGGUGUAUCCUUGCACCAAUACGGAGCACAAUUAUUCGAAAUACUUCGAUCAAGGACAGCAUUCGUUGUAUUGCGAUACCGCUUGCAGUAGAGCUAGAGAAGCGGCCCAGAAUGCGCUGAGAGAUGAAAUGCAACUGAGAGCGAAAUUAGAAGCUGCUAAACGAGUUACUUCUAAACCCAAACCUCCUGUUCCCGAAUUAUCAACGAAAUCUAUAUCGAGGACGUCCUCUAUACCAUUAAGCGUCCGAAGCGAUUGCAAUAAUUCGUUCGAACCUCAGAUUAUCGUGGAAAUAGAAGAGAAAGAACGGCUCCAAAAAUUGGCUCAAAGAGACUACCUGGUCAGAAGUCAAGGGAUUUUGGAACUCAUUUAUUUCUCAAUGAAGAAGAACAACAUACUGAGACCUCAAGACGAAAGGAAAUACGCUCUCUUCGAUAAAAUUCGACAGGCCACAAAUGUAGUGCAAAAACCAUCGACCAACAAAGGCGGUCCCGAGAUAUCCGACAUGCUGGAAGGUAUCACUGAAAAGGGUGCCGGCGAGGCGCUGUUGGCGCAAAAAGAAUUGUAUCCGUGGCGUUCCAACAAGGACAAAUUCAAAAAACAAAUCGGCAAAGUAUAGAAUUUUGUGUACCAACUGCUGUUUCGGAUUUCCCUUUGAUGAUAUUGUCUUCUUUGUCAAAGUGUAGGUACCGUUUGCCCUGAAACGUAUUAGUAAAAUUUAUUUCUGAAUUAUUGUGGCGUUUAUUUUUGCAUUAUAUCUA